ACAAAGAUUACUUGGCCAAUUAUUAUAAUAAAGAAAAUGACUCUUUUGAUAUAUUUGUGAAAGCUAUUGAUCAAGGUCCGAUUUCUCAGAAUGCUUACCGAAAUUUAGCCGCACUCCAACCAGAAUUACCAUGGGAUCACAAUAUUUCAGAU